AUGUUCCCCACAUUCCCCCGUCCACGAGCACAUUCGUGCUGGCACCGAUACAGCGCCACCACAGUCGGCAUCCAACAUUCCGUCGCCGACGCCGCCGCCACCCUCCGCCUCGCCGUCGCCACCGCCUCCCUCCACCUCGCCGUCGCCGCCGCCUCCCUCCGCGUCGCCCUCGCCGCCGCCUCCCUCGACCUCACCGUCACCGCCGCCGCCGCCAUCGUUGAGCGGCAGCUGGCCAUCGUUGAGCGGCAGAUUGAGCGGCAGCUGGCCUUCGUUGAGCGGCAGCUUGAGCGGCAGCUGGCCAUCGUUGAGCGGCAGCUGGCCAUCGUUGAGCGGCUCGCUGCUGCUGCCGCGGCCAACGGGUCGCUGAUGCAUAUCAUUCAGCGCUAUGCGCUCCUCGAGCAGCGAGUCGACCCCGCGCCGCUCAUUGCGGGUUGGAACCGCGCCGUGGUGGCGCUCGGCCUCCAAGGGCGCAGGUUCGGAUCGGCCUUUGCGCUACAUACCUGCUCCGGUGUGCGGCUCAUCACCAGCCACCACGUCCUCCUCGACUGCGGCUGGGAUGCGGACUCUCGGCCGCUGAUCGACGUCGGCGUUGGCGCCUCGAUUACGUAUAACAGCUGGCCCCACCGUGCGGAGGUACUCGCCCACUCGCCCUCGCCGGCCGGCCGCCGCGACGCCGCCGACCACCGCGCCGGCUAUCCCAAGCCGUUUCUCGAUCUCGCGAUGCUCGAGCUGGUGCACGGGUCUUUGCCCAGCGCCUUGGAGGCUGGCAACGACGUGCAGGUGGGCGACCAGGUGGUGAUCCUCGGCUACGGGACGCAGAACUACAAGCAUGCCGCCGUGCAGAACACCAUGUACGGCUCGGUCGCGUGCAUCGAGCGGGUAGACGAGAAGCACGGCUGCCGCGUAAUUGACAUCCAGGGCGACAUCCUCGACGGCCACUCGGGCGGGCCCAUCGUAUCGCUGCGCACGCGGAAGGUCAUCGCCAUCUCUGUCGCCUCACACUCGGUCUCACAGACCGGCUUUGUCGUGGGGAUCGAUGGCCUGACCUGCCGCGUCUCGAACGCCGUUGGAGGCCUCCACUUUGGAGUUCCCGUCACGGAGCUCGCCACCUUCUUCACGGCGCUCCGCUUCUCUCCAUCGUUUUAG